AUGCCCCGCGAGUCCCAGAGACACGGCCCUGGAGAAAUGGCAAUGAACAUCACUGAGUCCCAGAGGUAUAUCCUGGAAAGAAACACCCGGCGCUCCAGGAUCAGUUCGCAGGGCGGAGAGGUAGACGAUCAGCGCGCACAGCGCCAAUACCACCUCACAGCCCAGAGCCAGAGGCGUUCCUCAGUCUGCGACGAGUUUGAUGGCCCCCAUCAACUCUUAGAUCCUCCCUCCCCGCGGACCCUAGCGGCCCAGGAAAAAGAGCUGCCCGAGCUUCCUACUAAUCUCGACGCCGCAGAGCAAGACAAAAUCCUCCACCAUGUCAACGACCGCCUCUCGCAAUGCGCUUUUGACUUCGUGGCAAGAUACCAAUUCCGAAUCCCUAUCGAGGCAGACAAGAGACUCGUGACAUCCCCCUCUGACCGUGAGUGGACGGAAUGGGUACAUCUUCUGAAAAGACUGGCGACCACGCGCCGCAUUCCAGCUCGCAUUCUGUAUAACGGCCAGAUCAAGCAGCUGAUUACCAUCCUGGAGAAUUCCCUGGAAAUGCGCCAUGCCGCAAAGCAUCAGUCUCGUCCUGUUAAGGAUGAUCGCAAUGUCCUGCAACUUAUCUCCGCGGGAAUCCAAGUUGCGCGCAUUCUCAAGGAUCCUAGCGCGAUGCAUUUUUUGGAUCGGCUCUAUAUCGAGACGGAGAAAGUCAUUCAAGAACGUGGCUCUACUCGGAGGGUGAGGUUUAAGUCCAGUGAAUGA